AUGACCGAACGUCUUGCCCAUGAUCAUUCUCUUCCAGUCAAUGGUGAUCAUAAAAAUGAAUAUCUUUUUGAUGCUGAUUUACUUCAAUCAAUUUUUAAACAAUAUUUAUUAAAAGAUCAUAAAUUGGAAGGAAAUAUUUAUGAUGGAAAAUAUUUAAUUCGACCAUUAUCACUUAAAGAUUAUGAUCAUGGUUAUAUUGAUUUACUUCGUCAAUUAACUGAAUGUGGUAAAAUAUCAUAUGAAGAAUUUCAAGAACGUUUUUAUGAAAUGAAACAAUGUUCAAAUACAUAUCAUAUACUUGUUAUUGAAGAUAUGAAUUUAAAUAAGAAAAUUAUUGGUACAACAACACUUGUUUGUGAAAAAAAAUUUAUUCGUCAAUUAGGUGUACGUGGUCGAAUUGAAGAUGUUGUUAUUGAUAAUGAAUAUCGUGGACAACAACUUGGAAAAUUACUUGUUGAUUUAUUAACAAAAUUAGCAAAAGAAAAAUGUGAUUGUUAUAAAAUUUCAUUAGAAUGUAAAGAUAAUUUAAUAGGUUUUUAUAAACAAUUUGGUUAUGAUCAUGAAGAUAAACAAAAUUAUUUAUGUCAACGUUUUCAAAAAUAG